GUGCAGCAGGAAGUCUGAUCUGGACAAAAUGGCGGCGCCGAAGGUUGUACCGAAAGAUGCGCAGGUUAUGACCCAGAUUCUGAAGGAUAUGGGUAUCACAGAGUAUGAGCCAAGAGUAAUUAAUCAGAUGCUGGAGUUUACCUACAGAUAUGUAACAACAAUAAUAGAAGAUGCAAAGAUCUACUCAACCCAUGCCAAGAAAUCAAACAUUGAUGCUGACGAUGUGAGGCUAGCUAUCCAGUGCCGAAUGGACCAGUCGUUCACGUCACCUCCUCCUAGAGAUUUUCUUCUAGAGGUUGCAAGACAGAAGAAUCAGACUCCUUUGCCAUUGAUUAAACCUUACACUGGACCCAGACUCCCGCCAGAUAGAUACUGCUUAACAGCCCCGAACUACAGACUGAAGUCCCUGCAGAAGAAGGUCUCGUCGUCAGCAGGAAGAAUCUCUGUACCUAGACUGAGUGUUGGAGCGAUGAGCAGCCGCCCCAGCACACCCACACUGGGUACGCCUGUAUCGCAGUCAGUCACGCUCACCACUAAGGUAGGAACACCUGUGUCAUUGUCAGGGCAGCGCUUCACAGUCCAGAUCCCUUCAUCACAGUCUUCAACAGUGAAAUCAGCUAUGCCCUCCACCCCUACAGUUCAAAACGUGCUCAUCAAACCCUCCUUGAUCGGCUCCAAAAAUAUUCUCAUCACAACCAGCAUGGUGUCGUCACAAAGCUCAGCCAACGAGUCGAAUGCUUUGAAGCGGAAGCAUGAAGAUGAGGAUGAUUACGACACUCUGUAACCAGGGACAGAACCGCUCCAUGGAAAUGGCUACUGGGACAAUAUAAAUAAUGACCCUUCACAACUGUUUAGGGCAUUUUUUGUUUAUUUUUUUUGCCUUUCUAAAAACACUGUCUAAGCAGGUGAACCUGUGUGGAUGUUGCUGCAGGCCUGAUUUACAUCUGAAUACCUUUCACAAAGACACACUUAAUAAAUAAGAGAUUAGGAUAUAA